AUGCCCCUUCGCUCAACAAGCAUGUGUGGCACUCUACACUGCCAUUCACCAUUUCAACAACUUUCCCACUUGAACAUAGUGAUUGGAUGCUAUUACAACGCGCAAUGUCUGUUGUACCUCACCAUGAGAGACGCUUCUGUGCAGCGCGACAGCGAACCCGUGCGGGUCUUGAAGGAAUACAACGCUCGUAUUCGAUUCAACAUGAUGAAAGGUCCCAAGUGGAACACACUUAGAAUGGUUAAGGCGGAUGGUAUUCAAGGCCUCGAAUUCGAUCUUGUCGUGGUCGAUGUCACACUCGGAGAAAUGGCAGGCUUUCCCUCUUACUUUGAUCAAGUGAAGUCGCGAACAGCCGGGCCAGAUUCCUAA